ACGAACAGUAUCAAGUUUCAACCGUGCAUAAGUCCGUGGCAGUAGGCGAAUUUGUGUAUCGUCGGACGGAUCGGCGUUUCGUGUUGGUCGUGUGAAGUUUCAAAAAGCCGACGAAAAUGUGGUGGACGCGUUUCGAAGCAGCGAACGAGGCGCGUCCGAUCGGAUUUAUUUGAGAAGGGUCGAAAAGCGCGAACCCGUUUUAGGUUAAAACUCUCCGUUGUCGGGUGCAUAACAAUGCGUUGCGUGAGAAAUUCGUACGGUGAAAGUCUGUCGGACGCCGUUCGGUUGGAAAUCCAAUGAAAAGAACAUUGUUGCGAAUCCUCUGUCUGCUACUCCUCCUUUUGAGCAUCCUUUUUCUCGUGCGCGUCCCGUCUGCUCUUAACUCGCAAAGUAACAGACGAACAAGGAAGUGAAAAGGACGAGAAAAAAAAAAGAAAUGUCAAGACUCCUCGAGUGGCGAUGAUUCUACUCGAAUUUCAUCGUCGCCUUCGUUGAUUUUCAUAUAGUGUUUCCUCUUGUUGUCUACUCAUCGAGACCGUAAACACACGGAUUCCCAUAGCGACGAUCACGCACGCCGACGGAAUGGAAACGUAACUUUUCUCGAGGCUGGUUUUUCUCGUUAAAAGGAUAUUAGAACAAUUGAAUAUGGCAGAUGAUGAGGGAACCGAAUGGCUGCAAGAACUAUUGCACGAUGUUCAGCUCUCUCAGUUCUUCACCAGGAUAAGGGAUGAUCUGCAGGUUACUAGACUGCACCACUUUGACUAUGUGCAGUCAGAGGACCUUGAAAAGAUAGGUCUAGGAAAGCCAGGCAUCAGACGCUUAUUGGAUGCUGUUAAGAAAAAGAGGACCACACAAUGGAAGAAAAGCUUAAUGACUAAGAUUAGACCUGGUAGCAGUACCAAAAGUAAUAAAAGAUCUUCUCAACCGGUUGAAGGUUCCUCUGUGUUAACAUGUCUGAUUCAGGACAAGGAUGUGAUGCUAUCGAUAAAACUGGGCGAUGGCAGUUUCGGUGUUGUUAGAAAGGGAGAGUGGACCUCUCCUUCUGGUAGAGUGUUACCAGUUGCAGUGAAGGUUCUUAAAGCAGAUGCUUUGACACAGCCAAGCGUCAUAGAAGACUUUGUUUCUGAGGUCCAAGCAAUGCACACACUGGACCAUCACAAUCUCAUUCGAUUGUACGGAGUGGUGUUAUCACAGCCAAUGAUGAUGGUGACAGAACUCGCGCCUCUUGGAGCACUAUUAGACUACCUGCGGAAACAGGGUGGUCGGAUUUCAGUAUUAACCAUCUGCAAUUACGCUUUACAAGUGGCCACUGGGAUGGCUUACUUGGAAGCAAAACGUUUCUUGCAUCGCGACUUGGCCUGCAGAAACGUUCUCCUAAGUACAGUGGAUAAAGUGAAGAUCGGUGACUUCGGCCUAAUGAGGGCACUGCCUCAACAGGAAGAUUGUUACGUGAUGACUGAACACAAGAAAGUGCCGUUUCCUUGGUGUGCCCCAGAAUCCCUGAAAGCCCGUCAAUUCAGCCACGCAUCGGAUGUCUGGAUGUUCGGUGUCACGUUGUGGGAGAUGCUUACCUUUGGCGAGGAGCCAUGGGUGGGUUUGAAUGGGUCCGAAAUCCUGCGGAAGAUCGACAGAGAAGGAGAACGAUUGCACGAACCAGAAGCAACGCCACCAGUAAUGUACCAACUGAUGCUGCGCUGUUGGGCCCGCGAACCAUCGGAGAGACCGACUUUCGCAUCUCUACGGACGUCCCUGACUGGGAUGGUCCCGGCUGUAAUGAAAGCGGUAAAUCAUUUCGAGGAAACUGAUAAAAUGACCAUCGAACAAGGUGAUCAGAUAGUCAUCUUGGACGGUCGACCAGAGAAUUACUGGUGGAAGGGUCAGAAUCAACGAACUUUCCAAAUUGGACCCUUCCCCCGUUGCUUAGUCGAUCCUAUGAGGCGUAAGCAACCGGAGGACAUCAGUAAACCGCUAGAAAAUUCUUUUAUUCAUACGGGUCACGGUGCUCCCUUCGGCAAAAGUUGGGGCAGCCCUAUUUACAUAGACGAUGUGUACUUGCGGAAUCCUAUGGAACCUCCCGACAUCGUGGGGGUGGCGACAGCGCCAGACAGUCACUUGAAAAAGAAAUUUUCCUGCGGCACACCGCGAUCGAGAAAGCAGUUCAAUUAUACGAAACUUCAGAACGAUAUACGAGCUAGUCCUGUGAAGUCGACGAACACCUCGGCUCCGAGCAGCAGCCAAGAGGGUAGUUUGAUCGAUUUAUCUCCGGAAGAGAUAGUAAACACUAAUGUAGCACAAUCAGAUACUGCCUGUCGGCGGGUGGUCAAUAUUCUUGACGAACCAAUCGACGACAUGGAAAGACAACAAACGAAUUGGCAGGAAGACGAUCCCCGGACCUACGCCAAUUUCCCAGGGAACGUUGAUCCUGCUUAUUCGGACCCUUUUGACACGUCUUCUGUAUUCAUGAAACUUCCACACUCGAGAUACUACAGCCACGUUCCAUCAGAUGUCAGCAGUCGAUACUUCAAGACUCAGACGUAUGGGAGUGUACAGAAUCAAGACGCCAGUGGCAGCCAGAGCAGCGCGAAUUACUUCGCUCCAGAAUCUGGGUCAGACGUGAAUCAUUAUUCUAUAAACUUGAGUAAGGAGAACAGAAAUGACAGUAUUAAUUUAAACGUGAACGUCGACUCUGAGGAGAACAACGCGUACAGUCAGAAUCACUAUACCGAAAUAGACAAACCUAGUCCUCCCAUGGCGAAUUGGUCGAAUUGGCCAGAGGAUAUGCAAACAGAGUCACAGACGUAUGUAAAUGUAACUAGCCGCAAUGUGCCGAAUACUGAAGUACCUCCCCCUCCGCCUGUCGCUCCCAACGAGAGUCCUGUAAAGCCAAAAUCGAACCACGACCUAGCACAAACUCUGAGCGAGCUGACCAUCAACGCGUGCAACGUUUCUCCCAAGAAACUAGACCCAGCUUUUCUAGCCGAAUUGGAAAAGCACCUGGGCGAGAAAGAGGCGAGCAAGAAUAUGAACGCAAGUCAGCAGAAUCCAGAAUCUUCUGACUCUUACUCUUCUGUGAAUAAGUUGCAAGAGAAUACGAUUCCGGCGUUGAGACCUCCACCUCAGUCUGCGAAGCCCAAGUCUCCUCAAAUCGAUUACAGAAGCAACAACCUGCCUAGCAAGGUGCAAAACUCCUGGCAGUCUAAGACUUCGAACAUUCAACAACCUCGCAUACAGCCUGCUGACCAGCAACGAGUCUUAGAGACGAGUACCGAGCAAAUGGUCGGUCAGAUUUGGCAGCAGGCACAGACAUCCCAGCACAGCACCUAUGGUAAUACUCAGGCGAACUUGAACCUAUUACAAAUCGCGCCCAGUAACUUAAGUAACCAGUGCAACGUGUCGAAGACGAACUUCAACCACGGACAGAAUUCGUUACCCACGGCUAGUCAGGCUGUCCACAUUCAGAAUCUUCCUCUGUCCAGUACGACCCACGGGAUAACUCAGAUCCAGAACGAUCUCCAGCAAGCACACUCCAGCAACGUCGUCCCAAAGCCCGCCACUAUGGUGUUCUCGGAACAAGUGUACGCAGAGCUGAAACAGACAGUGCCAAACCUGGACCAACUGUCCCAGAACGAGUUCAAUACUUUAUACAAUAAGACUGUCCAACAGAAUAUCCUCAGGAACCACUAUGCUGCGAGUGGUUCGUCCGCUUCCAACUCCACAAGUAACCUAAGUCAUAAUCACCAUCCGGAGGGGACGGCCGGCUCCUCUCAGGUCCGUUCUGGCCCGGCAAGGAAUCUGUCGGUCCAGAGUCAUCUCUGCGACUUCAGCCCCCACCUGAAACAACCUCCCGUGUACAAUCCUCCUCCGCCAGCCUGGAGUCCCAUGAAGUCUGUCCAAAACGGACUGGUGCAGAUCCACAGUGUCGCGGCCAAGUCCAAUUUAGCGAGUAAUCUGGCGACUAAUUCCAAUCUAUUACAACUAACGCACACGAACGUACCUCAAGAGGGCGCCGUGACGCCACAGACUUCCGUAACGCGAGUUCUGCCUCCUCAGAUGAACGAGACGGUCGUUAAUACUCAAUUAGCCCCCUCCGCAUCCGCGUACCCCUCCGGCGUGAGCCCCCCUCUGACGGCCGCAUCACAGCAGCUGGUGAUGUCCCUCAACGACGAGUUCCGUGCAAACAAAGUGAUGAAGGUGCAACGAGAGGCGACCGACGCGUCGCAACAGGAAAUACUCACAGCUCUGCAGGCCACUGGGUGGGACACUAAUCAGGCAGCCAAACAGAUCCUGAAGGACAGGCAGGCCAAAGUAGAGUCCCUUUUCAGAUUAGGCUUGGCAGACAGACAGCAGUGCGAGGGUGCUCUGAAGCAGACUGAAUACGACGUAGAUUUAGCGGCCUCCGUCUUGCUAGACCAGGUCAGAUGAAGACAGACUCAAUGCGACCCGUCACGAAACCAUUACUUGAAAAUAGUGUAAAAUAACUGUAGCGAUAUAUAUACUGUGUUAAACGUAAUGUAUAUUUAUAAACGAUAGCCGUUCACGCGUAAGCACGAAGCUACGGGCUACAGGUAUAGAGUUAGACAAGCGUCUCUUUGAUCGGAUAUUUGAAAAACUUGGAAAAAGUGUACGAUGAUCGAGAAACACUAAUUGCAUUCCAGAAAAAAAGAAAAAGAUAUGCGCACUUCCGUAGCGAAUCGUCUUGGACGUUGCUUUUGUGCCAGCGUGCAACUGCUCGACUUCGAAGCGGACAGUUUUUCGAUAAAGAGAUGACUGAAAAUUUUUUUGACAAUAUUCUUAUGAGUUAUUGUCGAAAGAGUGUUUCUGUUUGCUUUUCUUGACAUCGAUUUGUUAAUCUUUGUAUGGGCAACCGGCUAUCCAUUUAUUUAUUAAUAAUUAUGUUCUUUAAAUAUUCAUUCAGUGGGUACUUGGUUAUCCAUACAAAGGCUGGCAUGAUAAUUAGAUUUUGAAAGUAGUUUUCAUUGAAAUUUUUGAGAAAAUGUUUUUUAGUAGGAUUUCUAUUCAGUGAACACCUCUGUUCAUUUGUGGUGAAAAUAAAAGGAUUUCUUCAAGAAAUAUAAUUUUGAGAAGUCCAGGGUGUUUGAUAAAGAUGGCUGCCAAUUAAAAUGUGGGACCACUUUCUGAAACACCCUGCAUUUCAUUGAAUAUCAUAACAAUUUUUUCCAUUGAUGAAAUUUUUGUACGUCUUCCUAAAUUUUUUCAUCGUAUACCACAAAUGAACAAAAUAAUUGUAACAAAUGAUACAUUUUCGUCCAAUAGUUGAGAGCUGAAGUUCUUCGCGUCAGUGAACUGUUUAUAAUUGAAGGUACGUGACCGGAAGUGAAACGGGUCACUGUGUUCCGUUCAGCCUUCUGGAAUUCCAUGUAAAAGAGAAGUCUUCUCUUAUGUGUUUCAUACAUAUUCAUGACAGUAUCACCGUGAAAGUACUCGUAAAUUUUUUAUGCGAAGUAGGAGAAUAGAAAUCGACAGUGUGGUCAGUUACGAGACACGAAUUUAAUUACUGCACAAAUGAUAAAAAUGUUCUUUAUUUUAAUCUCCAUUUUUUGACGCGAAGGCUUCAAAUUCAAAUUCAACGAACGACACUAGCGACACGGUGGAGCUUCCAGCAGGCACAACUCCACAUAACCUACGUUUCGUCGGUACGAGUUGCGUUGCUAUUGUUCAAAGCCAGCUCAGCCAAGCAAAAACAAUAUCUGAGCUGGCAUAAUUGCAGCCUUAAAUGUUUCAGAACACGAUCAUGAGUGUUUUCCAACGAAACGCGACGCAACGCCGGCUGACGAAAGCCUCGAAUUCUUCGUAAAAACACGAUUCGAUUACACCCGGAUAAGAAAAUGUUGCGCGACAAAACGUUGAAUUUUUGUAACUGUGAUAUGCGUUGCUAAAGGCUCUAGGCAGUACCGUUCAGAGGUAGAGAUAGAAAAGAGAAGAACAGAGAACUUUCCUUUUCUCUGUUGUCCUUUCUUUAGGGAUAGAUGACUGUAGAUGGCAAUCGUGUGUCCAAGAGUGUACAUAGCCGUUUCAGUGACUGAGUUAAGCUUAUUUCUUUCUUUACUACGUUUAUUUCCGCUCGAUCGCGUGGCCAGAAACGAUUUCGAGCGUAAUUGGAUCGCGUGCUUCAAUUGUUUCGCUUAACUUUCGAGACAGAGAGCGUUAUUUUAUGCAGAAAGGAACAAAAGCAGCACUUUGUUGCAAUUAUUUGUUCGAAUUCGCGCGGUCAGAGGGCGCUGUAGUAUUAGAUAGGUUAGGAACGCCCCUUGGGGGCGUGGCAUCGACAUGGUGGGGAUAAAACAACACAGUAUUUCCAGAUGCUGUACUAUAAAUAUAUAUUUUCCACUGAAUCAUUGGAGAAACAAUCGCCAUAAUAAUUAUCUUGAUUUUUCAAGAAAUGCUGAUUAAUUUUAACAAAGUCCAAAAUCACAGGUCUCACGGUUACACGAGAGAUCAUUAUUGGAAUUCCUUGCAAGAGCAAGGUUUAACUUCACAAUCCUUUUACUAAGCAUGAUUCAGUCGAGAUUCCUUUCUGCAUAGCAUCGUUCCAACUUACGGAAGCAGGAAACACUGUGAUUGUCGAGAGCCACCCUUGUAUUUUCUAAACGCCAGACAGAGUCACUAUUUUUCUAGCCAACGGAUAAAGAAUAUAGAACCAGUACACUGACAGUGUUUCCAAGUUUCUUGCCAAAUCGAUCGCGCCUUGAUAAAUUUCAAUUAGUUGACGCAGCAUGCAUGAAAAAAGAGCGCACCAUUGCAAAAUCGAAAGUUCACUCUACUCGCGAUGGUCCGCGCUCUAUUGUAGGCUCUCUAAUUUGCUCCCCGGAAGUCAGUCCGUUUUUUGAUCUCCCUGCUGUGUAUCAACGUGCGAAUCCACACCAUGGGGCCUCGGCUAUCUUGGUCACCAUUGUGGGCCCAGCAAAUGUUUGAUAUUCACGAAUAAAUAACAGAUAAUGAAUGAGAACCGGGUCUACUUUCAUUCGCGUGAACAAUUAAUCUUCUCGAGGCUAUACUUUUAAUAAUUUGAUUCAAUAUCGUGCACCCAUAUUAGGCAAAUUAAUAAACUAUUUAAAUUUCAUCAAAAUAUUUAAAAAUAUAGCAUUCAGAAGUUAGUAAUGUCAUCGGGUUGGCGCUACUAGCGCCACCUAUACCGCCAAAAUGCGGCCCAAGUGUCUUGAAACGAUAUUAUUAAAAUUCCUAGAACAUUGUAUUGCUAAAUAAGAUCAUAUUGUGAAGGGUUAAACUGCUUCAAAGGGAAAGCAAGAAAAACGGAAAUAUACAGUCAAGGAAGGUUCACACUGUAAACGAGAUCGAGGAAAGUGCCGGAUGAUUCCGGCUUUCUAGCGGUUUCAGUUUUCGAUAGACCGGAUCGAUCUGUAUCGCAUGAAUAUUCACGAUCACUAACGAAGAGCAAAACCGUUGGAUCGGUAUUUUCAUGGUUGCUAACGAUCGUUGACUUUAUAUCGUCGCGAAGAUACUGGAAUAUCGAAUAGGAUCUGUUCCCAUUUUCUUUCAGUUACGAGAUUAAUUUUAUCCAGCGUUCACUGCUGUCUUAUUUGUGAUCGUAGCGUUAUAUUACCUUUAUAGCUGCCUUGUGAUUUGAUUGAUAUCUUCGAUAUUGUAUUAUGUUUACCGACCAAUUAUAUUUUGUAUACUGAUUU